AUGCAAAUAUUACCCUACAAUAAUACCCGCAAACCUAGCUCACCACCCUUAGCAACCCUUCUCUUCUCAAUUCUUCUCCUCACCAUCACCAAUCCAUCAUCCUCUUCCCGACCCCUGUCGCCACUGCCGCCGCCGACCCCCGUCGCCGCCGCCGACCCGAUCCUCACCUUCUUCCUGACCAGCAUCGCGCAGAGCGGCCUCCGCAGGCCGCCUCCGCCGUCGCAAACGACGCCGUUUACGGCACGAAAUGGCGUUCCGAGCAGUUACUUACCAUUCCUAACCCCUACACAAACAUUACAACCCGGGGAAGCACGUGUAAUUAACGAAGAGUUUAAGGGCAUAAAAAUCGAGGGGAUUUACGUGAGUAGCUUAGAGGAGGAGGAUAAUAAUAAUAAUAAUUAUAGUAGUAAAAGUUACAUCGUGGCCAUGAAGGCUACGUGGCCGAAGUCUAUUGGUGGAGGGUUGGAGGAUAGUUUGAGGUUUUUUGGUGUGCUACGUCCACGUGUCGGUGGGUCAGAGUCGCAUAUUGCAGUGGUGGGUGGCGCGGGGAAGUACAGUGGUGCCAAUGGCAUUGCUGUAAUUAAAGCCAUUGAUGGGGGUGAAAGUGAUGGAGGAGAGGGAUUUAAUGAAGUUAUUAAAGUCGCGGUUUAUCUCAAUUAG